AUGUCUCAUAUACCUUCAAAACGGCGGAAAUUAGAUCACGCCAACAGCAAAGAUGAAUCGCAUUUAUUGGGCGAAUUGCAGCCGGAUGCGAAGUUGGGGCAGCUAGACGACGAUAGCGGAAACUCCUCUGAAGACGACCAAAGGAGCCUAGAACACGAUAUGUCGACGUCCAAGCCGCAAGCGCAAGGAAACUCGCUAUCGAAUCGGCUCAAGGACGAUGAUGAGCACGCGCUAUAUGCUGGAGGGUUGUUCAAGUCAAGCAUGUUCAAGUUGCAGGUCGACGAGAUGCUAAGAGAAUUGCGGCCAAAUUACGAGAGGAGGCUUCGUGGGGCCGACGAUAUGCUGCGCAAGCUUAAGGCCUGGAUUGAAGACAUCAGGGACAGUGAUGAGCUCUCUCCCGCGGAUUGUGUCAAGACCCUUUUUAAAUCACACAAAAUUUCUGUCCCAUUUCCUGAUCCAAAGCCUGACAAGAAUGCCGCAUACAAAUUGGGGUAUCAGCGACCUUCUAGGAUAAAUGUGGUGGGAAGCUACACCCUAAACACCAUGAUUAAAACGGAUGCAGUGUUAUCCAUUGACAUGGUAGUCGUUAUGCCCGCUUCUAUCUUCCAGGAAAAAGAUUAUUUAAAUUACCGCUACUUCUACAAACGAGCGUACUAUCUAGCCUGUAUAGCAGCUGGACUCCAGGAUGUCGUACGUGACGAAUAUACGCUGAGUUUCAAGUACCUCGGUGGGAAUACUCUACACCCUAUAUUGGUAGUCAAGCCCAAGUCAAAUGAGGAUAAGCCACACUCGGAAUUCGAGAUUCGUAUUAUUCCCGCCGCCCCCACAGGCUUCUUUGCUGAGUCUAAACUACGCCCUGAGAAGAAUUCAGUGCGUCAGAAGGACGCAGCAGGCGGCAAUUCCACCUCCCACCCGACACCCUUCUAUAAUGCCUCGUUGCGCGCCGACGGUAAUUUUGAGGCGUACCUCAAACUCCUGCACGCGGCAUCAAAGCUGUCAGACGGUUUUCUCGAUACAUGUCGCCUUGGCCGAAUCUGGCUUCGACAGCGAGGGUUUGGAAGUUGCAUGUCUGAAGGAGGGUUCGGGCAUUUCGAAUGGGCUGCUCUAGUGGCCCUCCUGCUGCGAGGCGGGGGCCCGAAGGGUAACAGUCUUCUUUCGCCAGGAUACAGCAGCUACCAAAUGUUCAAAGCUGUCCUUCAAUUUCUGUCAACCAACAACCUCGCCGACAAGCCGGUUAUUUAUCAAGGGUCGGAAGCCAUUAUCUCAAAAUCUGGUCACCCCAUGCUUUAUGACGGCCCAAGAGGCCAAAACUUGCUAUACAAGAUGACACCUUGGUCAUACGGGCUUUUACGAGAUGAAACUGCAAUCUCAUUAGAAAUGCUUAAUGACGAAACAUUCGAUCAAUUUGAGCCAACGUUCACACAGCGAACUUCACAGGCUUUGCAGAGAUACGAUUGCAUAGUGCGCGUCCCAGUGCCAAGAAAUCCAGGUGGUUUGGUGCACUGUGAUCACACAUCAGAUAUGAUGAGCUUUGGUCACCGCAUAUAUGAUGUCUUGCGGGAAGGUUUGACAGAUAGGGUAAGAUUAAUUGACAUCAAGAUAUCAAAGCCGUCUGCCUGGUCAAUCAAGUCAUCCGGACCACCUGUUUCGGAGAACUCUUUGCUGGUUGCAGUUAUUUUCGAUCCUCUAAAUAUAGGCCGACUUGUUGACCACGGCCCAUCUGCAGAGGAGCGAAAGAAGGCGGCCAAGUUUCAAAAUUUCUGGGGGGAAAAAGCAGAGCUACGGCGAUUCAAGGAUGGGAGUAUCCUCGAGAGUCUCGUCUGGAAGGCCGGUUCAACCUCCUCGAUCUUCCAGGACAUUGUAUCUUACCUCGUCGCUCGCCAUUUCGGCAUAGAGGUGGCCGGAGGUCUUAGCUUCAUCGGAGAGGGGUUUGAAACGGCGUUGGCUUCUCCUGGCAUAGCUGGAAAGCUAUUUGAUGUUCUUAAACAGGCUUUUCAGGUCUUCCAGAAAGACGUCACAAAUUUAGAAGGGUUGCCGCUGCAAUUGAGGCAGUUAUCACCAAUCAGUCCUCAACUACGGUACACUUCCAUUGAGCCACCAUCAUUUAGCCCCCACCAUCCCCUCCAGACACCUGCCGAUGUUUUGAUUCAGUUCGAAGGAUCCGGGAGAUGGCCAGAUGGCAUUGUUGCAAUUCAACGCACAAAGAUCGCGUUUCUACUUAAAAUCGGUGCCCUUCUUCAGGAAUCUAAUAAUAUCAUUGAGACCCGACUUGGUCUAGAGAACGGAGACCAACCUCUACAAAAUUGCGCCUUCUUGGACGUGAUAUACGAGUCCGGGGCUGUGUUUCGGCUACGGAUUCACAACGAUCGGGAACAAGCUCUACUCGAGCGCAUUAUCAAAGAUAAGUCGGCAGAUCCUCAAACCCGGGAAGAUGCAGUGUCAGCAAUGUCGACGUAUAAGAGGAUGUUUAUUCAACUCCCGCUACUAGCCCAAUCCAUUGCAACACAUUGCACUCGUUUCCCCCUCCUGUCGCCGACGAUUCGGUUGACGAAGUUAUGGUUUGAUCGUCACAUGCUAUCUGGGCAUAUUAGCGACGAGCUCAUCGAGCUUAUUGUAUCCCGCACUUUUUUGCAGCCUUACCCGUGGCGGGCACCAUCGUCUGUAAUGACAGGCUUUCUAAGAACACUGAUGUUUAUAUCGCGAUGGGAUUGGCGGCUUAUGCCUCUCGUUGUCGACUUUUCUGGAACCAUGACGGGCGAGGACGUUGCAUCCAUCAACACUCGGCUAGACGCUUGGAGGAAGAUUGAUCCGGGCAUGAAUCGGACUGUGCUUGUAGCUGCAUCCAGCCACGAUACAAGUGGGAUUGCAUUUACCGACACAGGGCCUUCAAAGGUGGUCGCUGCACGUAUGAGUGCUCUGGCUAGUUCUGCGUAUAAGUUGGUCAAGCAUAAGGGCCUUGAACUAGAUCAAAGGUCGUUAUUUGCGGCAUCAACAACUGACUACGAUUUUGUCAUCCACCUCUCCAAAGGUUUCACGGGGCGUCUAAAACAAAAAGAAUCCUCGCGACAAAGAUUCAAGAACCUCGAGGUACAGUCAAAGGCCAACUUGGAUCUUGUUGGUUACCAACCGGUAGAGCUAUUCCUUAACGAGGUUGGGAGUUUGUACACAAGCCAUGUUGUCUUCUUCCAUAGCCAGGCGGCGCCGACCGUCAUUGCAGGUCUGUGGAAUCCGCAGGCGGUCUCUUCCCGGCCGUUCAAGGUGAACCUAGCAUAUGCGACCAAGGUCUCCGGCGGCAGUGGUAAGGAGAAGGAGAAUGAUGGGGAGAAUGAGGUGGAGAUGGAUAAGUCAGCGAUAUUGUCAGAGAUUGCGAGGCUUGGUGGAGAUAUGAUUUCACGUAUAGAGGUUCAUUAG